GAAGAAAAUGGCAACAUGACAUGAGCAACAAACAUUCUAGCGGCCUAUUGUUGUUUCCUUAGGUCUUAUCGUGAUAUUCGUGAUUAUGUUCCCUUCUGAUGUCGCAUGUGUUUUACAGUUUUAGAUUGCUGUGUUAAAAUACUUUCAUUGAAUAUGGAUGUUGUAAUUAGUGAACAUUAGUAUUUUGAUAUCGGACUACAAUACAUAAGUGAAAUCUAUAGACUGCAUUCUAGUGGCCAGACACAAAUUUAUAUAGAAAAUAUGGCAAAGAAAAGAUCUAAAGCGAAGUCCGCAAAACCGACUCUUGCCGUUGAGUCUCCUGUGACUGUGACCAAAACUCCAGGCGUUGACACGAUAAACACAGAAGAAGCCAUUGCGGCAGCUUUGAGUUCAGUUGCUCAGCCAGUCCUGAUGAAAGUUUGUAGACUAUGUGAAACCAAAGAUGGUCCAUUUCUUAACAUCUUCGAUCCCGAAACAUUAACUGCUAAGAAAACCCAAGAACUGAUGCCAUUUGUGAUUGCUGAAUAUGACGACCUUCCGCACAAAAUAUGCUUCCGUUGCUCAGCCAAAGUGGAGGAGCUACAUGAAUUUGUUCAAAGAUGUAUUAGAACUCAAGAAAAUUUGCGUAAAGCUUUAGGUAGAUCUGGUCCAAAAACUCAAACCAGUAAGCUAUGGGAGGAAAAAUUGCAUAAAUCCAAUAUUUCUAAUGAUGCAAUAUGUGAUGCUUUGAUUAAAAAAGCUAUGGCAGGCAUUGAGGACUUACCUUUAAACUGUUUAACACCUGAUGAAAUCCAAAACAAAAACAAUAAAACAGAUUCAGCUCAGAAAGAUGACGACGAUGAUGAAUCCGACUUGCCACUUAACAAAGUAAAAAAAGAAACUAGUCUUGGUUUAAGAUCUACUAGGCAAGAACAAUUAGAAAAUAAAAAUGAUAAACCUGUAGGAAACCAAUCCUUAGAUGCACAAAAAAAUAAAAGGGCGACACGUGUAUCUGAAUCCUUGAAUAAUCAAAUGUCGACAAUAGAACUGCAAUCUGAUGAUGAUGAGCCGUUACAGACAAGAAACAGUAUUAAAAAGAGUAAAAUAAAUCAAAAUAAGCCACACGCUGAAGUAAAGAAAAAUAAGAGUAGUGAAGAUGAUUCUGAUAACAAUAUAAAAAUUAAACAACCAGAACAGAUUAACCAGGAAUCCGUGAAAACUGCUUCCGCAAAAGAAAAAGAUUUCGAUAUUAUGGAUCAUAUUAGCAUGAUAAAAGUGAAUGGUGUUGGUGUUCUUUUUCAGUGCAAAUUAUGCAACAGAAAUUUCCUUAAGAAAGAAGUCGUAGUUUCUCAUGCUUGUGCGAAAACCGGUGUACCUAAAAUUGAUUUCACCACAAAUUUGGCUCCUAUUCCUGAUCCACCUAAGGUAACCACUGUUAAAUAUAUUAAUACGAGGAUCGAUGGCGAGAUCCGAAAACCAGCACCGUCACCAACAGUUGUUCCGCCUGCAGCAUCUGCCCCUGAAGUUAAAUCUAAACCUAAAAUAGGUCCCGCAAGUAAAAUCAAACGCCCUAUUGUUGGAAUGGUUGUAACACCUAGAGAACCAAGUCCUCCAGCACCACAACCAACUCCUGUGACGGCCAUGCCUGCCAUGCCUGCCGUUGAAUUCCCUGCCGCUCCAAAUUUGAAGAGCAGGUAUAAAUUAGUACCAGGGCCAAACAACACUUUUACGCUAAUGGAAGACGUAGACCGCGAUAUUCCUGCUCCACGAAUUUUACAAAAACCAGGACCUCCAAUAGAUACUAGGCCAAAGCUAACGCCAGUAAAACCUAGUGAAGUCCCACAACAGGUUGUCAAAAAUGUUUUAAAUCAUCAUUAUCAAUCUCAAGUCAUUAAUUUAGACGAUGCAGAAGAAAUAACUCCUCACGUGUCCGGAGCGCCUCCAUAUCCAGUAGGAUUAUUCUCAACAGUUUCGCACACUUCUAAUAUUUUACCCCCUCCUGUAGUCCCGCAACCGGCGCCAUUUACUACACCGGCAAUGAAAAAGCAAUCGUACACUAUAGUGAAAACCGGUAAUCCGAGCAAACUUUUGAUAUCUACUAAAGUCCAGCCGCCUGUUGAAGAACCUCCAAAAAAGAAGCAAAGGAAAUCAAAGUUAGUACCAAACGCAGAACCUAUGCCGCCUUUCAAUGCAUCAUCGGAUGACCCAACUCGGUCAAAAGAUAACUUUUUUACAUUCAUAAAUGUAGACCCUUUGCUUCAGCCAUCUUAUGUUCUACCGACAGACAACAUUAUCCAAGAGUCACAAAUUUCUACUUCCACACCGCUAACUAACGCACCGAAAGCAGAUGCAAAUGUUUAUUCCUGUAACAUGUGCCCCGAAAAAUUCUCUAGAGAGAAAAAGUUGCUAUCGCACAUCCAAUCGCAUUAUUCAAAAAUGGACGAAGAAGACCAACAGAGAGAGAAAACCGGGAAAAGGCGAGGGAGAAGUUCAAAUACAAAUAAGUGAUGGAGAUGAAUACUUAGUAAGAAAGACUAGCAGUUUGUGCUGCCAUUUAAGGUAUGGUCCUAUUUUUUUGUUCAAUAUUUUAUUAAGUUUUUGUUUUAAGUGCUACGUUAAAAGUAUUUUACGUUUGACAAGUCAAAUAAGAAAAAUAUCUUAAAUAACUAGACUUCUAUAAGUGUAUGUAUGAGUAAGUGUACUGAGUUUAAUUAGUGUUUUAAACCAAUUAAGGCAAGAAGAGACAUAAUUACAUAUGUCAUAUAUAGUAGUAUAUACAUUACUCAUAAAAACAUGUUUUACUUCAUUGGAAAAUUUAACACAGAAUUUAAUCAUAAAUGGUUAUGACGACAUGGCUAAAUAAUUUUGUUUAUAUAUUGUAACUUUUCUUAGUUUCGUUUGACUACUAACUGUUGAAUUUAUUUUUCGUUUAAAAUUAUAUACCAUACUGUCGCUUAUGCAUAAUGACGAUAAUUCGUAUAAAAAUACGAGCAUAUUGUCCUAAGCGACACGUGAUACCGUUUACGAUAGAACGCCACAAAUAGUGAAUACUUCCACAGUCCACACGUGACAACGGCAGAGUGGCUGUGUGCGUGUGGAUUGAGUGAGCACCUUCCGAAAAUAAAAAAAAAUAUGCUGAUCAUUUAGU